AUGCGCGCGGUCAUCCACAUUUUCAAGCACCCAGUUGCCCUCAACAAGCCCAUUCCCGCCAACCAGCUCCAGGGAACACCUUCCAGAGCUGCCUCCAUAAACGAGUCGCUCUACUUCAACCGUGCUAGCUUCAUCCCGCGUGCGAACCAAAUCUCGGUCCUCAGAGGUUGUGUCCAUGUCGAUGACCAAGAACUCCAAACAUCUGGAGCUGCCGGGGGGAUCGAGCAAUAG